AUGGAGAGUACUGGAACAAAAGUGCUGGAAACAGCUGAAGAGAUCCAGAAAAGGCGAGAAGAGGUGUUGAGAAGGUACCGACGUUUCAAAGAGCUUGUUGCUGAACGUGGUCAGAAGCUUGAAGAUUCCUAUCACUAUCAGGUUUUCAGGCGAGAUGCAGAUGACUUGGAGAAAUGGAUCUGCGAGAAAAUUGACAUUGCUUCUGAUAAGAGCUACAGAGACCCAACUAAUAUACAGGGGAAAUAUCAGAAACAUCAGUCCUUUGAAAAUGAGGUGAAAGCAAAAUCUCAGGCUAUUCCUGAGUUGGAAGAAAUCAGGGAAGUUCGAUUUCCUGAAGGACAUUUAGCUCAUGAAGACACUAAGGAACAUCUGGAGGAGCUGAAGAGACUGUGGAAUUUACUCCUGGAGUUGAUAGCAGAGAAAGGUGCCUGGCUGUUGCAGGUCCUGAAGCUGCAACAGUACUUGCAAGAGUGUGCUGACAUCCUGGAAUGGAUCAGUGACAAGGAAGCCAUUGUGACAUCAGUAGAACUGGGUGAAGAUUGGGAGCGGGCCGAGAUCCUGCACAAGAAAUUUGAGGAGUUCCAGGUCGACUUGGCAGCUCGUGAAGGAAGAGUGACUGCAGUGAAUGAGUUUGCCAACCAGUGUGCUCAGGAAGCUCACCCAGAGCUAGACCUAAUCAAGUCAAAGCAAGAUGAAGUAAAUACCAACUGGCAACGUCUCCAUGGGUUAGCUCUCCAGAGGCGGGGCACUCUGUCUGAUGCUGCUGACUUACAACGCUUCAACAGGGAUGUGGCUGAAGCCAUUCACUGGAUCAAGGAGAAGGAGCCUCUUCUCAUCUCAGAAGACCUUGGCAAAGAUCUGGUUAGCUCUGAAGCUCUAUUCCACAGUCACAAAGGGCUGGAAAGGAACUUAGCUGUUAUGGAAGACAAGGUGAAAGAGUUGUGUGCUAAGGCAGAUAAGCUACAGGUUUCCCAUCCUUCAGACGCACCUCAGAUCCAGGAGAAGAGAGAAGAUCUAGAAUCCAAUUGGGCACGUAUCCGGGCUCUAGCCACCAAAAGAUAUGCCAAACUUCAGGCUUCAUACUGGUACCAGCGAUUCUUGUCUGACUUUGAUGAACUCACAGGCUGGAUGAAAGAGAAAACAGAACUUAUCAAUGCAGAUGAACUGCCAACAGAUGUGGCAGGUGGGGAAGCCCUGCUAGACAGGCACCAACAGCAUAAGCAUGAAAUUGAUUCCUAUGAAGACCGAUUUCAGUCUGCAGCAGAGACUGGCCAGGAUCUGUUGGAUGCUGACCAUGAGGCCUCUGAAGAAGUUCGGGAAAAGAUGACUUCUCUUAAAAAUGCUCAUGCUGAACUCUUGGAAUUAUGGGAGAGACGUCGUCACCAGUAUGAGCAAUGCCUGGACCUGCACCUCUUCUAUCGAGAUAGUGAACAAGUAGACAGUUGGAUGAGCAGACAAGAGGCCUUCUUGGAGAAUGAGGACUUGGGCAAUUCCCUGGGCAGUGUGGAAGCCCUUCUUCAGAAGCACAAUGACUUUGAAGAGGCCUUUCAUGCCCAAGAAGAGAAGAUCACAACGAUGGACAAGACAGCAACCAAACUGAUCGACAAUGACCAUUAUGAUUCAAAGAACAUCGCUGAGAUCAGGGAUAGGCUUCUAGCACGGCAAGAUGCCCUACGUGCUCGGGCUGCUGCACGAUGGAAGCAACUGAAAGAUGCCCUACUUCUACAGCAGCUCUAUCAAGACUCAGAUGACCUGAAGAACUGGAUCAAUAAGAAGAAAAAAAUAGCAGAUGAUGAGGAUUACAGGGACUCACAGAACCUAAAGAGCCGAGUUCAAAAGCAGAAAGUGUUUUCAGAAGAGCUGAUGAAUAAUGAGAUUCGUCUCAAUGACCUGAAGAAAACUGGUCAGGAGAUGAUUGAUAACAACCAUUAUGCUUCUGACAAUGUGGCUGCCCGUAUUAGUGAGAUCACUGCCCUCUGGAAGGAGCUUCUGGAGGCCACGAAGCAAAAAGGAGCCCAGCUUCAUGAAGCCAACAAGCAGCUACAGUUUGAACAGAGUGUAGAAGAUUUGGCACGCUGGCUAGAGGAAGCAGAAGGUCAGGUUACCUCUGAGGAUUAUGGGAAAGGCCUGGCCGAUGUCCAGAAUCUCCUUAGGAAACAUGGAGUCCUAGAGACCAGUGUGGAUGCUCAUCAGGACCAAGUAGACACAAUCACAGACCUGGCUACCUAUUUUGAGGAGGUGGAGCAUCCUGAUGCUGGAGAAAUGAAACUAAGGCAGGAGUCACUGGUAACACGUUAUGAUGCCCUGAAGGAACCACUGACCAACAGGAAGAGGAAGCUCAUUGACCUUUUGCUACUGCAACAGAUCUGUCGGGACACAGAGGAUGAGGAGGCUUGGAUCCAAGAGACUGAGCCUUCUGCAGCCUCCACUCAUCUUGGAAAGGACCUAAUUGCUUCUCAGAACCUGCUGAAUAGGCACCAGGUCAUCCUGGCUGACAUUGCCAGUCAUGAACCCCGAAUUCGUGUCAUCACAGAAAGAGGAAACAAAAUGAUAGAAGAAGGGCACUUUGCUGCAGAUGAUGUAGCCUCUAGGGUAAAGAGUCUGAAUGAAAACAUGAAGUCCCUUCAGGCUCGGGCUGCCCAGCGACAGCGUGGCCUGGAGGACAACGUGCAAUUCCAGCAGUACCUUGCAGAUUUACAUGAAGCAGAGGCCUGGAUCCGUGAGAAGGAGCCCAUUGUGGACAACACAAACUAUGGAGCUGAUGAGGAAACUGCUGGGGCUCUUCUGAAGAAGCAUGAAGCCUUCCUGGUAGAUCUUAAUGCCUUUGGAACCAGCAUGCAGGCUCUGAGGGAGCAGGCAGAGGCAUGCCAGCAACAAGUUGCACCUUUGGAAGGGGCUGCUCUGGAAGAACGGGUCAUAGCUUUAUAUGAUUUCCAGGCCAGGAGCCCCAGAGAAGUCACCAUGAAGAAAGAUGAUGUAUUAACUCUCCUCAGCUCUAUCAACAAGGACUGGUGGAAGGUAGAAGCUGAUGAUCACCAAGGCUUUGUACCAGCUGUGUAUGUCAGGAGAUUGGCCUGGGAUGAGCUUCCCAGGCCAGAGCGGCGGCGACGAGAACAGCCAAGUGACAUUGUCCAGCGCCAGGAGCAAAUUGAGAACCAGUAUCAUUCUCUCCUGGAGCGGGCAGAGGAACGUAGACGCCGUCUAUUACAGCGAUACAAGGAGUUUCUGCUAGCUUAUGAGGCUGGAGACAUGUUGGACUGGAUCCGAGAGAAGAAGGCAGAGAAUACUGGGGUAGAAUUGGAAGAUGUCCAUGAGCUGCAGAAAAAGUUUGAUGACUUCCAGACGGAUCUGAAGUCCAAUGAACCUCGACUAAGGGACAUUAACAAAGUAGCUGAUGAUCUUCGAUUGGAAGACCUUUUGACUCCACAAGGAGCUGAAGUCCAGCAGGAGUUAAAUACCCGUUGGGAUUCUCUGCAGAGACUCGCAGAGGAACAGCGCCUGCUGUUGGGCAGUGCCCAUGCUGUCCAAAUGUUCCACAGAGAUGCAGAGGACACCAAGGAACGUAUUGAAAAGAAGAGUCAGGCCUUGAAAGCUGCAGAUUCUGGUUCAGAUCUGUUCAGUGUUCAGGCACUUCAGCGUCGCCAUGAUGCUUUUGAGAGGGAUCUAGAACCUCUUGGAGAAAAGGUGACUACUUUGAAAGAAACGGCAGAGAGGCUCAUUGAGUCCCACCCAGAUGCCAAAGAUGACUUGUGGCAACAGCGGACAGAACUUGAAGGGGCCUGGGAUGAUUUGCUUCAGCUCACAGAAGAAAGAAAGGAUGACCUAAAUGAGGCACAGAAACUCUAUUUGUUCCUCAAUCAGGCCAGGGAAAUACUGUCAUGGAUCAAUGGCAUACGUGGCCCUGUCUCAUCAGCAGAAAUGGCUGAAGACCUUACAGGGACUGAGAUCUUACUAGAGAGACAUCAGGAACACUAUGAUGAGAUGAAGGCUGAGGCUCCUGCUUUCCAAGCCUUAGAAGACUUUGGUAUAGACCUUCUGAGCAGUGGGCACCAGGCUGGCCCUGAGAUAGAAGGGAAGUUGCAAUUUGUGAAAGCUGAGAGAGAUGAUCUGGAGAGAUCUUGGGAGAGGCGAAAGAAGAUGCUUGAUCAAUGUCUGGAUUUCCAGCUAUUCCAGGGAGACUGUGAUCAAGCAGAGAGCUGGAUGAUGGCCCGGGAAAGUUCCCUGAGAACAGAUGAUAAAAGCUCCCUGGAUAGUCUGGAUGCCUUGAUGAAGAAGCGUGAUGAUUUGGAUAAGGCAAUCAGUGCCCAGGAAGAAAAAAUCAAUUCACUGAAAAGUUUUGCAGAGCGGCUCAUAGAUGGUGACCAUUAUGCCAAAGAAGAGAUUGCUGAUCGCCUUCAGAGAGUGCUGGACAGGUGGAAUGCUCUCAAAGGACAGAUGAUGGCAGAGCGAGCCAAGCUGGGUGAUUAUGCAGACCUAAAACAGUUCUACCGUGACAUUGAAGAUCUUGAAGACUGGAUCAGUGAGAUGCUGCCCACAGCUUGUGAUGAAUCCUACAAAGAUCCCACUAAUAUCCAGAGAAAAUACUUGAAGCAUCAGACAUUUGAAAAUGAAGUCUAUGGCCGGACUGACGAAGUUGAAGUUGUCAUCAGGCUGGGGAACUCCCUUAUUGAUCGGGAAGCAUGUGAUGGACAGGAAGAAGAUGUGAAGGAACGACUGUCGGGGUUGAAUGAACACUGGAACUAUCUCUUGGAGAAAACCAAAGACAAAGGACAAAAGUUGAACGAGGCAAGCCGGCAACAGAGAUUCAACACCGGCAUCCGUGACUUUGAGUUCUGGCUGUCUGAGGCAGAGACCUUGCUGGCAAUGAAAGACCAAGCCAGGGACUUGGCUUCAGCAGCCAACUUACUUAAGAAGCAUCAACUGCUGGAAACAGAGAUGUCAGCUCGUGAGGACUUUCUUAAGGACUUGAAUGAGUUGGCUACUCACCUGAUUGACAGUGGAGCUUUCAAUGCUGAUGAAAUCAAGGAGAAACUGGAGAGUGUUAAUAAUCGAUUCCUGAAUGUUCAAAAUCUGGCUGCUGCACAUCACAAAAAGCUCAAGGAGGCCCAUGCCCUUUUCCAGUUCUUCCAGGACUUGGAUGAUGAAGAAUCCUGGAUCAAGGAAAAGCUACUACGAGUGAGCUCCAAGGACUAUGGAAGGGACCUUCCCGGUGUGCAGAACCUACAAAGAAAACAUAAACGUCUGGAGGGGGAGUUGGAUGCCCAUGAACCAGCCAUUCAGGGAGUGCUGGAGACUGCAGAAAAACUGGGCGACAGUGAUGCUGUGGGCCGAGAAGAGAUCCAGGAGAGGCUGGCUCAGCUGGUACAACACUGGAAUGAGCUGAAGGAGUUGGCCAACACUCGAGGCCUCCGAUUAGAUGAGUCCCAGAACUAUCUGCAGUUCAUGGAGUAUGCUGAAGAAGAAGAAGCAUGGAUCAAUGAGAAGAUGGCUCUUGUUGCCCAAGGGGACACAGGAGACAUAUUACCUGCUACACAGAGCUUACUAAAGAAGCAUGAGGCUUUGAAGAAUGACUUUGUAAACCAUGAGACUCGAGUGCAGGAAGUUUGCACUGAAGGAGAAGAUCUUCUGAGCAAGGAAGAAACACAACACAAAGAGAAAAUUAAAGCCAAGAUCAAUAGCCUGAAUUCAAAGAUCCCUGCUCUAUCCAAAGCAAUUGAAGCCUGGAAGGCCCAAUUGGAAGAGGAUGCUGCUUUCCAAUUGUUUAACUGGAAGGCUGACACAGUGGAGUCAUGGAUAACUGAAAAAGAAUCCACUCUGAAAAUAAAUGGAAAUGGAGGAGACCUUGCUACUUACCGUAUGCUACUUGCUAAACAGGAUACACUGGAUGAUGGACUGAAAAGCUUUGAGCAGGAACGACUAUACGAAAUAACAGACUUAAAAGAUCAGCUGGUAGCAUCAGAGCACAGCAGAGCAAGCAUCAUCAAGGACCGGCAUGCUGCACUUCUCAAACGCUGGGACGAACUACUGGCUGCUGCUGCAGCCCGAAGGGCAAAGCUGCUGGAGGAACAGCUACCCCUGAAGAAGGCUGAGGAGUUGUUCUUAGAGUUUGCUCAGAAGGCUUCAGCUUUCAACAACUGGUGUGAGAAUGCAGAAGAGGAUCUCUCUGAACCUGUACACUGUUUCUCCUUAGAAGAGAUCCAGCAGCUUCAGAAGGACCACGAGGUCUUUCUGGCCUCCCUCACAGGAGCUCGAGCUGACUUUGAUCAUUUGGUAGAAUUGGAUCAGCAAAUUAAAGCCUUGAACAUGCCCUCCAGCCUAUAUACUUGGUUGACAAUGGAGGCUCUAGAAAGCAUCUGGUUGAACCUGCCCAACAUCAUCAAGGAACGAGAAGAGGAACUACAAAAAGAGGAAGAAAGACAACUGAAGAAUCAUGAAUUGUGCCAAGAGUUUGAACAAGAUGCCAGUGUAUUUUCCCAAUGGAUCCAGGAAACCAGAACUUAUUUCCUAGAUGGAUCAUUGCUCAAAGAAACUGGAACCCUGGAAUCCCAGCUGGAAGCUAAUAAACGAAAGCAGAAGGAAAUUCAAGUAAUGAAGCGUCAGUUGAACAAGAUUGAGGACCUGGGGGAUACCAUGGAGGAUGCUCUGAUCCUGGAUAUCAAAUACAGCACUAUUGGCUUAGCCCAGCAGUGGGACCAGCUCCACCAGCUAGGAAUGAGGAGACAGCACAAUCUUGAGCAGCAGAUCCAGGUCAGGGACAUGAUUGGUGUGAGUGAAGAGACACUAAAGGAAUUUAAUACAACCUAUCAACACUUUGAUGAGACUUUCACUAGACGGCUGAGCCACAAAGAAUUUAGGUCCUGCCUCAGAGGCCUCAAUUACUAUUUGCCCAUGGUGGAGGAAGGGGAACCUGAGCCCAAGUUUGAAAAGUUCCUGGAUGCUGUGGAUCCUGAAAGGAAGGGCUAUAUCUCACUGGAUGAAUAUACCUCAUUCUUGAUUGACAAGGAGUCAGAGAACAUUAAGUCUAAAGAGGAAAUUGAGUAUGGCUUCCAGGCCCUGGGUGAGGGCAAACCUUACAUCACAAAGGAUGAUUUGAAACAGGCCCUCACUCCAGAGCAGGUACAAUUCUGUGCCUCACGGAUGCAACCCUAUACAGAUUCUCGUGGUCGUACUGCUGGCUAUGACUAUGUUGAAUUCACAAAUUCAUACUUUGGUAACUGAUGAGAAGAUCUUGAUGUGUCUAAGAAAGGAGGGAAGAUGGUUGAACAAUAAAUUUUAUACCUUGGCAAGAACCUGGAUAUUAGCAAGAACUUUAGUUUUAGGUGUAAUUUGAGCUACCAUGGGGGCUGGGGGGAAGGGUUGAGGGGGGAAGAAUGUGUGGGUUGAUGAAGCUGAGAUCUCCCUUUGUAAAGGGAUGACCUGAAUUAAAGUCCUACUGAUUCAA